UGUGACUGGCUGGAAGGCUGGGGGUGGGCGGUGCACCCGGGUCUCCUGGAGGAAGCUCGCGCAUACUGACAGCUGACGGGAGUGUGUGAUUUUUUUCUGUCUAGCGGAGUGACAAUUAGCAAGGAGAACCGUUUUACUUCUUCGAAUUCUUCAAUACACCAGCAGAACGUUAGUGCGAAUCCUUUUCUUGACGUCGGCCAUGUCAUCUACUGGUUGAAGGAGACUGCGGGAGUGUUUCUAGGGAACUGUCAAGUGUUUGCAGCCAUGGUGCCGGAGUCCCGGUGCAGGUGAGGCGCUGUGAAGAGAUUCCAGUUGGCAGGCCCCUCCGUCACAUCCUCUAACAAACACGUCGACCCCAGAGAUGGAGCUGGAGACGGCUGAGAGUCCCGUUUUAGAUAUUGUGGAACCCUGCACUCCCACUUCUAACCAUGAUGUGGACCCUCUUUCUAUCGGCAGUCCACUUCUCAGCCCUGACUCUUCCUCCCAUGAUGCCAAUUUGUCUGUUCCCACUUGCUCUCCAGCAGACUCCGAGAACCUCAGUCCAGACGAGCUGGAGUUAUUAGCCAAACUGGAAGAACAAAACAGGCUUUUGGAAGCCGACUCAAAAUCAAUGCGUUCAAUGUCCGGUUCACGCAGGAACAGUGGAUCAUCCCUCGUCUCCAGCUCCUCUGCCAGUAGUAAUCUUAGCCACCUAGAAGAGGACACGUGGAUCCUCUGGGGUCGUAUAGUCAACGAGUGGGAGGAAUGGCGGCGCAAAAAGGAGAAGCUUCUUAAGGAGUUAAUUCAUAAGGGAAUCCCACAUCACUUCCGAGCAAUCGUUUGGCAAUUGCUGGCCAAUGCAGCUGACAUGCCAGUUAAAAACCAGUAUUCCGAGCUGCUGAAAAUGUCGUCACCGUGUGAGAAGCUGAUUCGCAGAGACAUUGCACGCACGUACCCUGAGCACGAGUUCUUCAAGGGCCAGGACAGCCUCGGGCAGGAGGUGCUUUUCAAUGUCAUGAAGGCGUAUUCACUGGUGGACAGAGAAGUGGGCUACUGCCAGGGAAGUGCAUUUAUUGUGGGGCUCCUUCUAAUGCAGAUGCCAGAGGAAGAGGCCUUCUGUGUAUUUGUUCGGCUUAUGCAGGAGUACCGACUGCGAGAGCUUUUCAAGCCCAGCAUGGCAGAACUCGGCCUGUGUAUAUACCAGUUUGAAUACAUGCUGCAGGAACAGCUACCAGAGCUGAAUGUCCACUUCCGCUCUCAGAGCUUUCAUACUUCGAUGUACGCCUCCUCCUGGUUCCUCACACUCUACCUCACAUUCUUCCCUUUGCCUGUCGCAACACGGAUAUUUGAUAUCUUCAUGUAUGAGGGGCUGGAGAUCAUUUUCCGGGUGGGAAUCGCUAUUCUGCAGUAUAACCAGGCGGAACUGAUCCAACUGGACAUGGAAGGGAUGUCACAGCACUUCCAGAAGGUCAUCCCUCAUCAGUUUGACAGCUGCCCAGACAAACUUGUCCUGAAGGCUUAUCAAGUCAAAUACAACCCAAAGAAAAUGAAAAGGUUAGAGAAGGAAUAUACCACUAUCAAAAAUAAGGAGAUGGAAGAGCAAAUUGAAAUCAAGAGGUUACGAACGGAGAAUCGCCUACUAAAGCAAAGGAUCGAAACGCUCGAGAAGGAAAGUGCUGCUCUGGCAGAUAGGCUGAUCCAGGGUCAAGUGACGCGUGCCCUGGAAGCUGAGGAAAACUAUGUGAUCAAGAGGGAACUUGCUGUCGCCCGUCAGCAAUGUGCGGCCGCUACGGAGAAUCUUGAGAAGGCGCAGGAAACGAUACGUUUGCUGCAGGAACAGAAGGGAGAUUCUCUGUACACAGAAGAUUUUGUAUCCGGCCUGAGGAUGGAACUUGAGCAGUCGCGACUACAGGAGGCUGACCUGCUCAGUGCCCUUAAAGAGAUGCAGGACAAAAUUCUCAACUUGGAAAAGAGAAACAGUUUGCUACCAGACGAAAACAACCUGGCGCAGCUGCAGGAUGAACUGAAAGCCGUGAAAAUGCAGGAGAUGGAGGCUCUCAAUUCUUUCAAAGAGAUGCAGACUCAGGUCUCCGAUCUCAAUGAGCGCUGGCAGCAUUUAAUGUCCCGUGGUGGAAGUCACUGGAAGGAAUCUCCAAAGAAAAAUGCGCUCAAUGACCUUCAAGACAAGCUGAUGGCCGUGAGACUGAGAGAGGCACAGGCCCAGGCAGAGGUUAAGGAGCUGCGGCUUCGGACAUUGCAGCUGGAGAGUCAGAACCAGAUUAAUAGCAAUCUGCUGAACCGACAAGAGCAGGAGAGCAACGCCCAGCAAGAGAAGCUCCAGUACCUGGCGGCGCAAAACAAAGGACUUCAGACUCAGCUCAGCGAGAUGAAGAGAAAACAGGCCGAGUCAGAUUGUAAGAGUAAAGAAGAGGUGAUGGCUGUUCGUCUCCGGGAAGCUGACAGUAUGGCUGCGAUGGCUGAGCUGCGUCAGCGGAUUGCAGAGCUCGAAAUUCAGAAGGAAGAGGGAAGGAUUCAGGGGCAGCUCAACAACUCCGACUCGAGCCAAUACAUCCAGCAGCUGAAGGAUCAGAUUGAGGAGCUCAAGACUGAGAUUCGGCUCAUGAAGGGACACCACCAGGCAUUCAAAGACCCAAUGACCACCUUUGACGGGAUACACAUUGUGAACCACGAGAUUGGAGACGGCGACUCGCUGAGCUCGGACGAAGAUUUGCUCCCCAGCCGUAUGGUGGUGGGGACCUUGCAGGAUGCGCUGUACCCUUUGACCUCUGGCAAUGCUCGCUUCCUCUGUGGGGUGGAAAACCCGGGCAAGGACAGCGAUGGCAGCACGGACAGCGAGCAGGACGAGCGGCUGGGCAAUGCGGAUGAGCCGUACGCGCACAUGGUCUGCAGAGACGACCUCAACAACUGAUUUCGGAAGAGACGGAGGUCCGGUCAGUGGGACUUGGCAAGCAGCCGGCAGAACUAAGUGGCCAUCCCAACUCUACACACUCAUGCGUCUUAGAGGCCCUGGGAUCUCGAGGAACGCUGUCUGCAAAUGGAUUCUUACAAAACGUGGACCCGGAAUCUUCACGUUUCGGGACUCGUGUUCAUAUCCUCCUUAAUGUGACGUUCCACUCUGCAGUAUUUGACCGCAGGCAGCAUCUAAGGGUUGUGAGAUAUUUGGUGUGUGCGUGCACAUAUUUAUAUAUAUAUAUUUAUUUAUAUAUAUAUAUAUAUAUAUAUGAUGUAGAAAUGUUAUGUUGCUUUAGACCACCACCGUGGAAAAUAAGUUGCGUGUUCAGAGGGGGCUUCACUUCACAAUGGAAGGACAAACUUUACAACGGAAUUUGUGAAAGAGCUCAGAGGUUAGCCACCGUACUCCUCAUGCAUGUCAGGGACCACUCCGACUCCCUCCUGGGCAAACGCUGAACGUCAAAGAAACUCGGUGGUCACAAGCGACACCCGCCGUCCCCAUCUCCCAUAGUGCUCGGCAUUUGCCCUAGGGAACGGUGGCUUUGCCGCAGUGGCGCUCGGCGUUUCUGAGACCCCGGGGCUCCUACUUACAAGGCUGUGGCCUCAUAUUGAGGCUAACUUGGGUGGGUUUCAUUGCCCGUUGUCUGAUUUUCGCGGCCUCGUCUGGAGUUAUUCUGCUGUGAUCCUGCAUGAAGAGAGUCUUUUACUUGUUCCCCUCCAGCCCACCCAACGUUGAGUGACUGACUGACUGCCACACGGCCUCCUGUUUUUGUUUUUUUUGUCUCUCGUAGCCGUUUCUCACACUGCUCGUGUUUAAAAAUCCAGUUAUCCUAGAGAAGAGGUUUUUUUUUUUAUAUUGUAUAUAUGAAGGAGCAAACUAGCGAUAGGCUUGUAGGGUUAAUGCAGGGGGGGCUGCAAGUUUUCGAAGAAGGGAACGUGAAGCCCUGAGAAAAAUGUGUCAUCGCGCAGGAACAAAUGAAGAAAAUGCCUGCUUGGGUGGCGCGGUGCUACUCUCGGUGCUGGGCACACAAGGUGAUGGAACGCUUGGUGUAAAAUCAUUUCCAACAGUUGGCGUCUUUUUGUUCUUGCUAAUUACAACUCCUGCUGACCCAAUUAAAUGGUGCUGCUCUACAAUCCCUGGACGUCAGCGCUCCUCCCAUUUUCCAAGGAUUGCUACGCUACAGCUGCAGUGUUUUCUCAUUCCCCCCCCCCCCCCCCCCCCCCACCAUGCCAGUGUUAAUUUCAUUGUUAACGGUACAGAAGGACAGAACUCGGCCCCUUUCCCUCUCCAGCAGCACUUUGCACUCUGAACGCACAGUUUCAUCCAUUCCCUCCCCACUGUCAUCAAGUUGAAAUACUUGGUGACAUUUUACAGGAAGUGACAGUCCGGUCAUUUUAAUUUUACAGACCACGCCUUCAUUUUUUUUUUUUUUUUUUAAAUCUCUGAACUCCCAGGGUUCCAUUUGAAGAUCUCUGCUUCCUGGUCUGUGAUGGCGUUGACCAUAGAGUCGCACUUUUUAAAGAGCUGCUUGUGCCCGUACCACCAGUGAAGCGAGGCCGAGGGGUUUAACGUUGCCAAGACAAAGGACUUCACCCGCUGGCUCCUUCUCAUCCCAGGGUAUUCUGUGACAGCAAUAUAUCAGCAGGUAAAUUUAAUGAGGUACAAAAUAUGGAUUGUGGGACGAGGCCUCUGCCAUCAAAGCAUGGACUCUAUGAAUAUACAGUCAAUGUGAUAUUAUUAUAGAGUAUAGAUUAUUUAUAAAGCAGUAUAUAAAUAUAUAUAUAUAUAUAUAUAUACACUUCUGUGUGUAUUUGAGCCUUAAAAAGGCAAAAUGGUUUCGAUCUUUCCUAACGUGUAUUAAAUCAAACACCAUGCACUGUU